UAAAUCCCAGUGUGGCGGCACCAGCGGUCUUCACCUUUUCUGUAGUUGAGUAAGACUUCAUCAUGCUGUGGCUGGUGCUCUUUUUUAUCGCUGGCGCUAGUGCGCAGUGUUCGACUGGAGAAUUCCAAUGUAACGACGGACAGUGCAUCCCCGGUAGCUGGGAGUGUGACGACUGGGGAGACUGUUCAGAGGGAGAGGACGAGGCAACUGCUAACUGCCCCGGUGGUGCCUCCUGCGGUGCCAAUGAGUUCACCUGCGGUCACGGCAACACGUGUAUCCCCACCGAAUGGAUCUGUGAUGGAGACAACGACUGUGGAGACAUGAGCGACGAACAGAACUGUGGUGGUGGUGGUGGCAUCGGCACUCUGACCGACUGCGGCGGUGCCUACAACCAGGACAGCGGCCUGGUGGAGCUGCUGAACUACGGCAACAACCAGGACUGCACCUGGACCAUCACCGUCACUGAGGGCAAAUACGUCCACUUGGAGUUCACCCAGUUCGACAUUGAAGAGGACAGCACCUGCGAUUACGACUACGUGGUGGUUUACGAUGGCGCGGACUCGAGCGCCCUGCAGCUGUUCACGGGCUGUGGUUCGGCCAUCCCCGGCCCCAUCACCUCCUCCUCCAACAUCAUGACCGUCCGCUUCGUGUCCGACUCCUCGGUCACCGAGACCGGCUUCUCCGCCAAAUACUCUGCCGUGGACGAGCGCCCCGCUCAGAAUUCUGGUUGCGGAGGCCCGGGCAGCCUGAAGGGCCCGUCUGGCACGUUUAGCUCCAUGAACUACCCGUCCAACUACAACAACAACGCCCGCUGCAUCUGGGACAUCGAGGUCUCUCCCGGCAUGGUCGUCCAGCUCACCUUCCAGUCCUUCAACCUUGAGGACGACUUGCCCACCUGCGACUUUGACGCCGUGCAGGUCUCCGAGGGCGGACAUGUGCUAACUUCCAGCUGUGGCACGGUCGCCCCUAACAUCAUCUCCAACACCAACCACAUCACCGUCACCUUCACCAGCGACUCUUCCGUCGUGGCUACCGGCUUCACCGCCACCUACCAGGAGGUCAGCCACGGUGCCACUCUGCCCCCAGACCUGACCACCACUACCAUCCCUGAUACCGGCGGUCUCGCUCAGAGCUGUAACAACCCCGAGAUCCUUCCCGGAGACUCCGGCACCUUCACGUCCCCAGGCUACCCUGGCCACUACGGCAACAACGCCGAUUGUUCCUACAAGAUCUCCGUCACACCAGGAAAGAUCGUGGUCAUCCGUUUUGAUUCCUUUGACGUGGAGAGUCCCUGUCAGUACGACUCCCUGACCAUUCAUGACGGCCCGGACAGCUCUGCCCCUGUGGUCGCCACUCUCUGUGGAACAUACGCCCGCGAGGUCUCCACCACCGGCAGCCAGGCCUUCAUGGUCUUCAAGACAGACAGUUCCGUCACGGAAGCCGGUUUCACCGGUACCUACACUGCCGAGGAUCCACCACCCACCUGUGCGCCCGAUCAGUGGACCUGCUGGAACGGAAACUGCGUCAGCGCCACUCUGGAGUGCGACGGAAAUGACGACUGCGGAGACGCCAGUGAUGAGUUCAAUUGUGGUAACUCCAACUCCAGCUGCGGCUCAGGCGCGAUCCAGCCCGUCUUCCCCAGCGGACGUGUGGUGGGAGGUGAGGGGGCAGAACAAGGCAGCUGGCCCUGGCAGGCGUCUCUCAUGACCUCCUACCACUUCUGUGGAGGCUCCCUCAUCCACCCCGAGUGGAUCCUGACCGCCGCUCACUGCUUCGCUGACGACCCCAACCCAAGCAGAUACACAGUUGUUCUUGGCAAGCAUCUCACUGACGGAAGUGAGCCACAACAGGAAAGGUUCAGCUUGUCCAGGGUCAUCGUGCACGAAGAAUACAACGAUAACCUGAUCAACAAGGACUUGACCCUGCUGAAGCUGUCCCGCCCCGCUACCCUGGGACAGUACAUCCACAUCGCCUGUCUGCCCGAGCACGCUGGUGACGAUCCCCCAGCUGGUACCACAUGUGUCACCACUGGAUGGGGAGACACCCAGGGUACUGGCGACGAUCACCAGCUGAAGCAGGCCCGUGUCCCUCUGGUCAGCAACGAGGAAUGUAACGCCGCUAACUCCUACGACGGAGAGAUCACACAGUUCAUGAUGUGCGCUGGCUUCCAGGAGGGCGGCCAUGAUGCUUGCCAGGGUGACUCCGGCGGCCCUCUGGUCUGCCCCCGCCAGGGCAAGUGGUACCUGAACGGUGUGGUGAGCUGGGGCUACGGCUGUGCCCAGCCCAACUACCCCGGCGUGUACGCCCGUGUCACCUCCAUGUUGGACUGGGUCCUCCAGAAGAUGGCCACUAACUAGUGCAGCUAUUAAAGAGCAGCCGCGCAUAAUUACUCCGUCGUAUCGAGCGCCGAAUAAAGUGUUUCACGAAAUCCAUG